AAACAGCACUAUACUCUAAACAUCAUUAUUUUGAAGAAUCACAGCGCUGCUUAGAUUGCAACACAAAUAUUAGAACUUCAUUUGCCAUUAUGAAGCCUAUCAUCUAAGAUGUUCCUUAAAUGGUGACAACUCAGAGCAACUCUUAAAAGCUUAAGAAGCAUUUUUCCCAUAUACAUCUUUAUGUAUAGAGAAAAAAAAAAAAGAACCAAACACGCAAACAAAACCCAACUAAGACCAGAAUGAUAGCAUACUAACUCAGUCUUUGGAAUUAAAAUUAAUUCCAAAAGCUCACUUCUAAAACAUACUGUUCAAACUUCACAAAAGGGAAUGCCAAAAGCCAAAGACUACUUACAUAUCAUGAAAAGCAGAAAAAAAAAGCCCAAACAGCCCCAACACCAAGGUUUUUAACCACAUGCUUACUGAACAGCUCUAUCAAAUCAGACAGGACUUUUCUGUGCUCAGGUUUUACCUCUUUUAUCUCAGAUACAUUAGUGGCUUUCUUGGGAGAGACUAUAAAGCUCAGUACUACUUUCAGUAAGUUACUUUGGCUUUGGAACAUGGAAAUCAUAAUCUAAUAGACAAAAAAAUUGCUAGUAAUUGUUAUCAGUUGUUUUCAUAAUCAUACUAAGCCAUUUUGCAAAAUGUCAACAUAUUUUCACAUAAGUAAUAAUGUAGCUUGACUGGCCAUAGAAAUGGUUCUCUUGCCUGUGAAAUUUUUAAUUGAACAUAACAAAAAAAAGGCCAAACCCCCCCUUCAUAAUUGCAAAUUAUUUUUCCAGCUUAUCUCUAAAUAUCAAAAUCUGAACCAGAAAAACCCAAAGAAAGUUUAACUUACAUAAGCUUUAUUAUCCGCACCCCCCAAAAAACCGAAACCACGAAAAAGAAAACAAAACAAAAAAGCCCCAGUCAAAACCCAACUUCAAUCAUAUUUAGUUCUGUUUUCUUGUUCUUUUUCAGCUUUCCAGUGACAGUCAGAUACUGGGUUUCAUGCUGUCUUCCAUUGUUUGUGUCCUUGUAAUUCUUUCUCUAACAGACUUAAAGUAUGCCUCUUUCCAUAGCUAAGGUGCUGGCUCUCAAAAAACUGCAUCACUUGGUUAGUUUGCUUGUUUUUAAUUCCUUUCUCAGUCCUUUCAUUAGCUCACUUGCUCUAAAUAGUAGACAUUUUCCCUUAAUUUCUCAGUCCUUUUCCAUUUCCUAUGUUUGCAAUUCAUCUUAUAAUCAGCAGGCUGAUAUUCUCAGACAUGGGAGGUGAAAGGCUUUACAAGCUUUACAAACUCCAUUUCUCUGCUGCCUAAUACACUUCCCGAAUCUAAACAGGACCUAGAUAUAGCAACCUCUGCCUCCAGUUCAAAUUCUGUGCAUAACAGUGAAGAGAGCAGAAUGUUAGGUAAACACAUAUCAGAAGAUGAGAAUGAAAUGGAAAGAAAGGAACAGACAUAAAUAUUCAACUAAUACUCAACGGAGAUUCUUCAGUGCUAUUUUUUACUCUGUGGUAUAUAAAUAGGUGUUUACCAAAUUCUUCCUGUACAAGUCAAGGGGUAUGGAAAUCAGCAUUCUAUUAAGACAUAUGUACAGAAGUGAAAAACAUCAUUUUUCCAGUACAGGAAGAAAAGCAGUACAGGAAAACUGUUAGAAAGUUGGCAGCUGUAAAAUAAUUAGUUUGUUUUAAUUUAUUUUGCAAGGACUAACUCAUUCACUGACAGAUGAGUGGAUUAGAUUCUACUUUGUAUAUUAUAUGUAUACAAAGUAUUAUUUGUAUAUACUUUGUAUAUGUAUAUCUACAUGGUCCUAUUGUUCAAAGUGUCUAUUGAAAUUACUAGAUAGCAUGCUGUCAAUACAUGCCUAUGAUUCUUUUCAUAGUUUCAAAGAAACUUUGCUUUUACAAAAAUCAGUAGAGUUCUGUUAAGUAAAAUAUUAAAAGAAAGUGUUUUACAAAUUUAAGCACUUCCUUUUUACUAACUUCUGGGAAGUAAUCAGCAGAGGAACUCCCUCCUUCACCUGUGUAUUAUUCAGAACUAGUAAAAAAUACUUCAAAAUUUUGAAUUAAAUACCAUCUUUGGACAUAGCCUGCAAAAGUAAGAAUUCCUUACCAAGUGUCACUGACCACCUUUCUCAGGGUUGAGAUUCUCCUCAGGGUUGCUGUUCUCUGAGGUAUAUAGGGCUUUCGAGCUUCUCGUGCCCGAAAGGUCCCAUGCCAGAGGCAGAGAAGACGAGCUGAGUCCGCCAGUGCAUGUUUCCAAGGUUGUUUAUUCUUUCAUUAUGUCUUAGUUCUUUCCCAGCUCUGCAGGGCGUCCCCAGCAGAGCAGGACACGCAGCAGACUGAGGGCGGAUCAGAGGGUCCCGGACUUUAUGUACGAUCUCCCUGACCCAACCAUCGUCCACAACGAACUUUUUAUUUACAAAAUUUUGCCAGUACUUGCUAUCUAUGUUAACAUGUCAUUUCUACUCUAAACCAAUCCUUGAAAUCAAACUCAGCAAAAGAUGGGGGAUGAGAACAAGAACAAGGAGGGCAGGGCCACUCCCCAAUUCCUCCAUCUUGUCUCUUCAAACCCAUAUGCUAAAAAUCCUAGAUUCUACAUUUACACUCUGUGAUUAACUACUUACUACUUAUUUCAAAUUCUUUCAGCUUGUGAUUCUUCAUACAAUGUGGGUAUUCACUCCCAUGGCCAGGGAUCAAGAGCAAUGUCCCCCUGGGCUCUGUGUGAGGCUGGCUGAGCCCCUUGUACAGAUCCCAGACCCCCUGUCCGGUCUCCAAACCCUUCAGGGCAGCCAGAGGGAUGUCCUGGACUCCGAGACACCUUUUCUGAAACAAUCGAUCCAGAUGAUCUGUUUGUUUAUCAGGCAAUACUAAUACAGAAACAUAAAACAAAUUCAUUUAUAGAUGGUUUUUAUCUGAAGGAGAAGACAUUAUUUACCUUUUAUUACCUUUUCACCUCUAAAAUGAGAUGAAACGCUUGCAGGUUAGAAUGCUUGAAUACGCAUUUUGGCUUUGAGUGGUUUUUUUUGCUCUUAACCACUGUACUAACAAGCGACUUUUUGAAGAAAUGAACACUGGAAAAAUUUCAGGCAUUUGUGUGCUUCUAAAUUAAUAUUUGGGAGCAAAUUAUUUUUUAUAAUUUAUCUGAACCAUUUAUAUUUUAAGCACAAAGAUAGCAAAAGUGAUAAUUAGCAUGGGACAUGUAACUUGAAGAGAAGUAUUAUCCAAAAUAUUAAAUAUGUUAUUUAUGCAAAACACCACAGGACCAAGCUAUAAAUCAAUCAGAGCCUUAAUUUAGUUCAGUAUUUUUUGUUUCACUUGCUGAAGGUUUUUUGGUAGCAAAGGCUCCUGCUGCAAGUUCCCUCUUCUUGUUCUGAAUUUUCAGGAUAUUUUCUUCUACUGAAUCCUUCACAUUGAACCAAAAUACAAAGAAAGAAAGAAAGAAAGAAAGAAAACAAAACAAAAACAAACAAAAAACCAAAACAAAAAACCCAACCAAAAACCCCACCCAAAACUCUGAAAUGAAGAUGUUAUUUUUCUCUAAAUAAAAGUUUAGGAUGAGAAGUUUAGGUAUUCUGGAAGAAAAUGCUAGGGAGCUGAUCAUCCGAAGUACAGUUACAUUAUUAGUGUUUACUGUGUAAACACACAGAAAAGAGCUGUAAAGCAGUUGGAGGAAAAGGUGAGGUAUUUUAAUUUUUUUUGUGCUUUUUUUGUUUUAAACAUUUAUUGGAAGGAUAUCUAUCUCUUCUUUGCUACUUUUAUUAGAAGAGAACCUGGCUUCAAUUUUCCAAGGAAUAUUUUUGUGAUGGAAUAUUAACGAGGCAGGCUAGCUGCUCUUCCACAGCUAAACAAGCUGCUAUGAAAAUGACAAAAGCUUUCUACAUACCUUCAAGAUAAUGAACUAUAAUAGCCAGGCUAACCAACAGCUAUACUAUCCCAUUUGAGUCACUCCAUAUAGCUCAACAGAGACAUUGAAUUUCUAAUAUUAAAAUCUUACAAUCCAAAGCACAUUUCAAGAGUCACUCCACAAUUUAGUUUUACUUGUGAGACUGUGAUAGCACAAUUAUUUUUAAAAUACCGUAAAGCUUCUUGGAAAAUAAUUACUUAUUCAUAACCAGAAAACUGUUGGGAUCAUCUUUCAACUCACCUUAGUAAUAACAGCAUUACACUUCUGACCCAGCAUGUGACACCUGUCACAACACUGGUCUUCUGCAGUGGGAUUCCAAGCUAUUAGUAGCAGCAAGUUAAAUAACCUCCCUUCAAAACACAGUGUAUGCACAUGGCAUCACAAAGUAGAUACUGUGCCAUCACCUCUUGAACAAAUAUUGCCUGCAGAUGAAUUAGUCCCUGCCUGAUGUCUUACUCUUUAAGUAUCCUUCUACAAAGAAAGCUUUGAGAACUUCUGGUUAUAUGUUCAUAUCAAGCAGGAACUUCAGUAAAUGCUUUAAAAACAGAGUUUGUCAGGAGUCUAGGAGACAUCAAAACAAUCCUGUUAUUUUAAUUCUGAAACAAACACUGCAUGAACUAACUGACUCCGUACCUGAUGGCAAAAUCUAAAUCAGCUGGACACAGGCAGUUAACAGUAAGCUAGACUGUUAAGAAAGCCCAUGGAUGCUUUUAUUAGUAUAUACAAUAAUCACCAUGUUAGGUAAAUAAGAAAUGUUGCUGGACACAAAACAAUAGUGUAGCUGUUACUGCUUAUACUUUGGAUGUAACAUUAAAUGUAAGGAUCUGUGAAAGGCCAAGUCUGUGCUCUGCAUUUUCCCAGCAUGAUUUAUCUAUCUAGAGGUACUAGUUCUACUAGUUCUCAUAAAAUAGAUUCUUAAAUCUACAUUAACUGUAAUAAUGUUCUGUCUCUGGUAAGCAAGUCUUGUGCAAUGAGCUCGCCCUUGUCAUGUCAUCCAUAUUCUGCAAGUUGUCUAAGAAUUGUUCUUAAUGACUGGUUUUAGAUUUUAAAAACCUCUGAUGCCUACACACACUCAGAGACAUCAAGCUGCAAGAUAAAAGCCAAACAAGUCUUGUUUCUCCAAUCUAUGGUAGUAAGCAAAAGAGCAACAAAUUAUGUAUUUGUCACUGCAAGAUGAACAUUCCUGGCAAGCUACAUAUGGCAAACUGUUCCAUUAUUAAUCUCACUGUAUAAGAACAACAUGAUGUCUGGAGGAAAGACCUAGCUCAAACAUGCAGAUGUUUCAUUCUAUUUUUGCUGUAGUCAAGAAAGACUGAAGUACACUACUUUCACUCUUCUCUCAUCAGUCCAGCACAGGAAAAGUGAAUUGCAGUACUUCUAUACCUUUCUGCAGUAUCUCCUACAAAGGAUACUGUGUUUACAUUGGAAAAUAUUUUAAAAUCUGAGCCUUAGAGAAACAUCUGUAUACUUGUGAUACUCUCAUAUUAAAAGUUUGUAUUUCUUCCUAAAGGUGAGAAUUCUGCAUCUAUGAUUGUAUUUAAACAAACAAACAAUCUUAAAGGUGAGGGGGUGGUGGGGAGGGAGAAAGUAAUCUAUGGUUGGAUGAAUAUUCCUCCCUUGCACUGUGGUAGUACACCUCUCAGAGAAGGAAUGCAGAUCUCCAAGCUACAUUUCUACAGUAAGUCCAGAGAACUUGAAAAACUGGUUACUCCACUGUUAUUUCUGCUUCCUAAAUUCUAUUAUUGCUGCUAGUGCACUUCAAGGAAUGCUAAUGCAUGAAUGAAUCUCAUUUGGCACUGAUUAUUCAAAAAUGAGAUCAUAAAGGAUCAUGUGAGCCCACUGCUCCUCCAUCAAACACAAGCAGUCAACCACUGCCACUUGGGAUGGUUACUAUCAUGGGACAGUUAUCAGCAGUAUGAGAAGCUGCUGUUCAGUGGUGUGUAAAGGCAGCAAUUAUAUUUGGCCCUGGGUUGUUAGGUAUACCUACAGACUGUAGAUGACUCAGUGUUAGCAAUGCUUAACUUAUUUUCUUACAACUGCUUGCCACAAUACGAUGAAUUCAUUAUACCUCAUUCGUUGUCUUCACAGAAGAUUAAAAUUCUCUUGCGGUUUCCACAAGUAUUCAGAGAAUUGUUGAAAAAAAAAAGCAGCAGACUUGAUGGCAUUAUGGUAGUGUAGGUCCCUUCCAACUGAACGUAUCACUGCAGUCCAUACACAGAUAAUAUUUGUGAAGAUGCAUUGCGAUUCAUGAAAAAAUUCUUUCAUGGCAACUUCUCCAUACUCAUACUAUUUUCUUUCAUUUAUUAAAUAAAUAGCUUUUGUCUUCAUACUGUUACUGUCACUGACCUCAUGUCCAAGCUAGUAAUUUUUCUUUACUAUUGGCAGUGACAGAUGCCCAAGCCCAAAGCUAAACUAUUGUUUUAAUUUACUCUGUUUCUUUCAAGUGCAGAUUUUGUUUCAGUUUCCAACUGCCAAAAAACUUGGGAAUAACAGCAGAGGAGUGAACAGGGGGAAGGCAGGAAGUGAAUAGAAAACCCUUAAUCUGGUACAAUGACACAACACACGAACCAAUUUUGCGUGAAUGCAUAUCCAUCCACGUUGGCCAGGCUGGUGUUCAGAUUGGCAAUGCAUGUUGGGAAUUGUAUUGUCUUGAACACGGGAUCCAGCCUGAUGGUCAAGUGCCUAGUGAUAAUACUAUGGGACGUGGAGAUGAUUCAUUUAACACUUUCUUCAGUGAGACGGGAGCUGGUAAACAUGUUCCGAGAGCAGUGUUUGUAGACCUAGAGCCAACCGUAGUUGAUGAAGUACGUACAGGCACAUAUAGGCAGUUAUUCCAUCCUGAGCAGCUCAUUACUGGGAAAGAAGAUGCGGCCAAUAAUUACGCCAGAGGCCAUUAUACCAUUGGAAAAGAGAUUGUUGAUCUGGUGCUAGACCGCAUUCGCAAACUGGCUGAUCUGUGCACAGGGCUGCAAGGCUUCCUCAUCUUUCAUAGUUUUGGAGGAGGCACUGGUUCAGGGUUUGCAUCACUGCUUAUGGAAAGGCUGUCUGUUGAUUAUGGCAAGAAAUCUAAACUGGAGUUUGCAAUUUAUCCAGCACCACAAGUUUCCACUGCUGUAGUGGAACCCUACAACUCAAUUCUAACUACCCACACAACAUUAGAGCAUUCAGACUGUGCCUUUAUGGUAGAUAAUGAAGCCAUUUAUGAUAUAUGUCGUCGUAACCUGGACAUUGGCCGUCCUACUUACACCAAUUUAAACAGAUUAAUUGGGCAAAUUGUUUCAUCCAUCACAGCCUCACUGCGUUUUGAUGGAGCCCUCAAUGUAGAUCUGACAGAAUUUCAAACUAACCUGGUUCCAUACCCACGAAUUCAUUUUCCCUUGGUAACAUAUGCCCCUAUCAUCUCUGCUGAAAAAGCGUAUCAUGAGCAGUUAUCUGUGGCUGAAAUUACACAUGCUUGCUUUGAACCAGCCAACCAGAUGGUCAAAUGCGACCCUCGCCAUGGCAAGUACAUGGCCUGCUGCAUGUUAUAUAGAGGUGAUGUUGUGCCCAAAGAUGUCAAUGCAGCCAUUGCCACUAUCAAGACUAAACGAACCAUUCAGUUUGUGGAUUGGUGUCCAACUGGAUUCAAGGUGGGCAUUAACUACCAGCCUCCAACUGUGGUGCCAGGUGCUGAUCUUGCCAAGGUGCAGCGGGCUGUGUGUAUGCUGAGUAACACAACUGCUAUUGCAGAAGCAUGGGCUCGGCUUGACCACAAAUUUGAUCUCAUGUAUACUAAGCGUGCCUUUGUGCAUUGGUAUGUUGGGGAGGGGAUGGAGGAAGGAGAAUUUUCUGAAGCCCGGGAAGACCUGGCUGCCCUUGAGAAAGAUUAUGAAGAAGUUGGCCUAGACUCAGUAGAAGCAGAGGCUGAAGAAGGAGAUGAAUACUGAGAAAACAAAAGCCUGGAAAAAUGUAUUUACCAAAAAAAAAAAACCAAAACAAACCAACCUGCAGAACCGUGUUUGUUUUCAAAUGUGCUUCCAAAUAAAGUUCCAAAGAUUAUACUGCUGCUUUUUUUUCUUCUUCUUCA